AUGUUUUAUUUCCACUGCCCGCCACAGCUAGAGGGCACUGCACCUUUUGGCAACCACUCUACGGGGGAUUUUGACGAUGGGUUUCUUAGGAGAAAGCAGCGCAGGAACCGGACAACCUUCACUCUGCAGCAGCUGGAAGCUCUGGAGGCAGUCUUUGCCCAAACACACUACCCAGAUGUCUUCACUAGAGAAGAGCUAGCCAUGAAAAUAAACCUUACAGAAGCCAGAGUGCAGGUUUGGUUCCAGAACCGAAGAGCCAAAUGGAGAAAGACAGAGAGAGGGACCUCAGACCAGGAGGCAGGAGCCAAGGAGCCCAUGGCAGAGGUGACACCACCGCCAGUGAGGAACAUCAAUUCUCCGCCCCCAGGGGACCAGGCACGGAGCAAGAAGGAGGUCCUGGAGGCCCAGCAGAGCCUGGGACGAACAGUGGGCCCUGCCGGGCCUUUCUUCCCCUCCUGCUUGCCAGGGACCCUCCUGAACACAGCCACUUAUGCCCAGGCCCUGUCCCAUGUGGCGUCUCUGAAAGGGGGUCCUCUCUGCUCUUGCUGUGUCCCAGAUCCUAUGGGGCUCUCCUUCCUCCCGACUUAUGGCUGCCAGAGUAACCGUACUGCCAGCGUGGCUGCCCUGCGCAUGAAGGCUCGAGAGCAUUCGGAAGCUGUAUUGCAAUCAGCCAACCUCCUGCCGUCUACCAACAGCAGCCCAAGCCCCGCUUCCAAGCAGGUGCCUCCAGAAGGCAGCCAGGGCAAGACCUCCCCAACCAAGGAACAGAGCGAGGGAGAGAAGAGCGUAUGA